UAUGUGGGAUGCUGCUGUGGCUCUACCCUCAGAACAAUACAGUGCUACCCUGUUUAACAACAAUAUGGAUAGUAUCCGCCGUAAUUGCCCUGUUUUAUAGCACAGUUUCUUUUACUUGACGCGGAAAAAAUGUGGAUACCGACUGAACUCGAAAAAUAUGGCGUUGUGCUGGCAAAUUUUCGAGGAAUGGUUCAGCAUGGACUCCCGCUGGAGAUCGGCGACACGGUGCAGAUUUUGGAGAAAUGUGAAGGAUGGUACAGAGGAUUCAUCACAAAGAAUCCAAACGUAAAGGGAAUAUUCCCAAGCUCCUAUAUUCACCUCAAGAAUGCCCUCGUCAAGAACAAAGGGCAGUUUGAGACGGUCAUUCCCACCGAGGACUCGGUCAUUACAGAGAUAACUAUGACCUUGAGAGACUGGGGCACCAUGUGGAAGCAGCUCUACAUGAGAAAUGAAGGGGAUCUUUUUCACAGACUGUGGCACGUGAUGAAUGAGAUAUUGGAGCUGCGGCAGCAGGUUCUGGUGGGCCACCUCACUCACGACCGCUUGAGUGACAUCAAACAGCACAUCACGGCACGGCUGGACUGGGGAAACGAGCAGCUGGGUUUGGAUUUGGUCCCCAGGAGGGACUUCAGCAUGGUGGACCCUGAUGAGAUCAGCAUCACAGAGCUGUAUCGGCUGAUGGAGAGACGUCAUCGUAGACGCGAGGCUCCCCCGCAGGCCAGUAUGCACCACCUGUUCCUUCAGAUGAAGAGCAUGAUGAGUUCAAACCUGGGGGAGGAGCUGGAAGUAUUCUACUCUGUCUAUGACAGCAGGGAAAUGCGACCAAUCAGUGAGAGGUUCUUUGUGCGCCUCAAUAAGCAAGGGCUACCAAAGUCUCCAGAGAAGACUGAGAGGCAGUGUACACUCUUUGUUGAUUUGGGAAGUAGCGAUCUUCGCAAAGAUGUGUAUGUUGUAGCUCAUAUUUUUAGAAUAGGGCGAAUGGUCGCAGGUGAGAAGAAGAGCGUGAGUAACACGCAGUACAAGCGUCCGUACGGUUGUGCCGUGAUUAGCGUGGCUGACCUGUUAACAGCUGACUUCAAGGACGAUCAUUUGCUGAAGAUCUACUCAUGUAACGCAGAGAGCGAGUGGUACCAAAUCCACGACAGUAUUAUCAGGAAGGUCAGCUCACGAUACAGCCAUAUUGGCACAAAUACAGGCCUUAAUGUCUCUCUCCAACUCCUGCAUGGGGAUAUGGAACAGAUUCGCAAGGAUUACAUGCGUCUUUUCACCCGCAACGUUUCUAUUACUAAGAGGCUGGGAUUCUCUGAUAUCAUCAUUCCAGAUAAUUUUGAUCGAAAGUGUGAAGAGACAGCUGAUCUUCAGGAUCCCUCUCGGUACCUCAAACUGCCAUUUUCCAAAGCCAGCCUCCAGCCGGGCAACAACCAGACAAUAAAGAACAGCAAAGAGUCUUUCUGGAUCCAGUCGUCUCUCUGCUCCACUAAACUCACUCAGAAUGGUGACAUGUUAGACCUGCUGAAAUGGAGAGUCCAUCCGGACAGAAUCAUUGACUGCCUCUCCAAACUGAAGGACAUUGAUGGCACUGAAAUUGUUAAGUUUUUACAGGACACUCUGGACACCUUGUUUGGGAUUUUAGACGAGAGUCCCCAGCGGUAUGGACUAAAAGUCUUUGACUGCCUGGUGCACGUUAUAAAUUUGCUGCAGGACAGCAAAUUCCAGCUCUUCAAACCUGUAAUGGACAACUACAUCGAGAACCACUUCGCUGGUGCCCUUUCCUACAGGGAUCUGAUCCGUGUGUUGAAGUGGUAUGUGGAUCGUAUCAUUGAUGCCGAGCACCAAGAACAGAUCCAGCAGGUUUUGAAGGCGUCUGAGUACUUGUUUAAGUACAUUGUACAGUCACGGCGUCUGUACGCGGCAGCCACCGGAGGCCAGAAUGAGGAGGAAUUUCGCUGCUCUGUUCACGAACUCUUUAAAUCAAUCCACCUGUUCCUGUCGCAUGAGAGUAAGGGCAUCAGCCCCAUCACACACACACAGGCCGUGUUCCUGAGAUCGUUCCCGACUGUGUGCUGCGAGCUGCUAAAGAUCUUCAGCAUGAGAGAGGUGGCAAAUCUGGCCCGCGACACGCUGAGCAGCCUGCCUGCCCUCACGCACACAGACUGUCCUCUACAGGCCGUCAAACUCCAGUGCAUGGCCAAGACCGUGGAGAGUCCUCUUUACAUCAACCCAGAGUCCAGGUGUGUGCUGUUACCUGUAGUGCUGCGUCUGCUGCACACACACCUGCAGGAGCAGAAGGAGCUGGUGCUAUGUGCCAAUAUCCUCACCAGCAUGCUGACGCUCAACACUCCAGCCAUGGAGUGUGGUGUUUCUGAGGAGGUGAAUCUGGUCAUGGAGGGUCUGUCUGGAGUGCUACUCAGAACUAUACUGGAAGUGACCAACCGGCCUCAGCCUGCCGCCACCUCACUGCGCCUGCAGUACCAGGAUGUUACUGGUGAAUUUGUUGCCUGUUUGCUCACAUUGCUGCGGCAGUUGAAAGAUAAAGAAUACCAGCAGCUUCUCAGCAGAUUUCCCACUAAAGAUGAACUAACGAGUUUCCUCCUGCAGUUAUUCACUGUCUUCAGAAUACUUAUCCGACCCGAUAUGUUUCCAAAAGACUGGACUGUCAUGAGACUGGUCGCUAAUAACGUCAUCAUAACCACCAUCUUGUAUCUCUCUGAUACCCUGCGCAACAAUUUCCUUAAUGAGAAAUUUGACUUCAAGGUAUGGGAGUCCUAUUUUUAUCUCUGUAUAAUAUUCAUCAACCAGCCCUGCCUACAACUGGAAAUGUUCCCGCCCUCCAAGAGGAAAAAAGUCCUGGAGAAGUACGGUGACAUGAGAGUGAUGAUUGGCUGUGAGAUUUUCAGCAUGUGGCAGCAUUUGGGUGACUAUAAGUUAAGUCUCAUUCCUACCCUGAUUGGUCCGUUCAUGGAGGUGACUCUGGUACCACAGAUGGACCUGCGGAACGUCCUCAUCCCCAUUUUCCACGAUAUGAUGGACUGCGAACAGCAACGCAGCGGCAACUUCAAACAGGUGGAGGCCAAACUAAUAGACAAACUGGAUGGCCUGAUGUCAGAGGGAAAAGGAGAUGAGACAUACAGAGAGCUCUUUAACAACAUAAUUCCACUGUUUGGUCCAUAUCCGAGUCUCCUGAAGAAGAUUGAGAGAGAGACCUGGAGAGAAAGUGGCGUUUCCCACAUCGCUACCGUCACACGGCUAAUGGAAAGAUUGCUAGAUUACAGGGACUGCAUGAAGAUCGGCGAGGUUGAUGGGAAAACAAUGGGAUGUACAGUCAACCUUCUGAACUUCUACAAAACUGAGUUGAAUAAAGAAGAAAUGUACAUCCGUUAUAUUCACAAGCUCUAUGAGCUGCACUUGAAGGCACAAAAUUACACUGAGGCGUCCUACACCCUCCUGCUGUACGACGAGCUUUUGGAGUGGACCGAAAGGCCUCUCAGAGAGUUCCUCACGUACCCCAUGCAGAGCGAAUGGCAGAGGAAAGAAUGCCUCCAUCUCACCAUCAUUCACAAUUUCGACAGAGGGAAAUGCUGGGAAAACUGCAUCAUACUGUGCCGAGAGCUGGCCAAUCAGUACGAAGCGUUUUAUGACUACAGGAACCUCAGCAAAAUGAGGUAAUUAGAGUCCUCUUUAUAUGACAAAAUAAUGAACCAGCAGCGGCUUGAGCCAGAGUUCUUCAGAGUCGGCUUCUACGGAAAGAAGUUCCCCUUCUUUUUAAGGAAUAAAGAGUUUGUGUGUCGAGGGAACGAUUACGAGCGUCUGGAGGCCUUUCAGCAGCGGAUGCUCAGCGAGUUUCCUCACGCCAUCGCAAUGCAGCACGCCAACCUGCCCGACCAGACCAUCCACCAAGCAGAUGCGCAGUAUCUGCAGAUCUAUCCCGUUAGUCCUGUCCCUGAAAACCAGGACGUCCUGCAGAGAGACGGAGUGCCCAACAACAUCAAGAGCUUCUACAAAGUCAACCAUAUUUGGAGGUUUCGCUAUGACAGGCCUUUUCACAAGGGCACCAAAGACAAAGAGAAUGAGUUUAAGAGCCUGUGGGUUGAGCGGACAACACUGGCCCUCGCUCAGAGUCUACCUGGCAUCUCUAGCUGGUUUGAAGUUGAGAAAAGGGAACUGGUGGAGAUGAGUCCCUUGGAGAACGCCAGCGAGGUGAUUGAAAAUAAGACGCUGCAGUUGAGGACGCUGAUCGCCCAGUGCCAGAUGAGGCAGAUGCUGAACAUCAACCCUCUCACCAUGUGCCUGAACGGAGUCAUCGAUGCUGCUGUCAAUGGAGGACUGGCAAGAUACCAGGAGGUAUGGGACUGGAUGGAGAGCAGGGUCAAUCUGCCUCUAGUAGAUUUGAGGUGGACUUUGUGGUGCUUGUUAUUUCACUGCCUUAAAACUUGGAUCAAAAAGGUAGAGUACUGCAAAAAAGAAUGGGGAAAAUUGGAGUGGGAAAAUCCCAGUCCGUCUACCUCAAGUCUCAGCUCAAAUCACUCUGGCUCACACAAUGUGAACAGCUCUGCGCCCUCCAGCAAUAGAGCUUCUCCACUGCCGUCUGACAAGCACAAACACUCCAGAGAGAACGCCUGCCUCUCGCCACGGGACAGACUCUACAGCGGCAUUUUCUCCAGCCCACUGGACCCCACACAGAGAAUGAUUCCGUUCCAAAUCCCAGUGGAUUCCACAUUAUCACGCUGUGAACCCAAUCUCCCCACACCUGAGACAGGAUCUCUGUGCAAGAACGUGAGGUCACUGUCUCCCAUGCCAACCGCCCGUUCCCCUCAGAAGUCAAUGGUCCCGCCCCUCACGCCCUCUCCGACCGAUGGCUUGCCGAUGGGGAGCCUGGCAUCUCACUCUCCUGCCCGCUCUGGCAGCUACAGCAGCGGGAUCUCAUCCCUCAGCCGCUGCAGUGUCUCUGAAACGUGCGGGAUCGACCUCCCGCCGCCCGACCCUCCUCUACCCCCCGCCGUCCCCGCAGACAUGCCCAUUCGCCGGGGCAGCAAGACUCCUCCGCCCUACAGCGUCUACGAACGGAACAAUCCCCGGCGAGCGACGCCACUGCCUCACAGUCUGUCAGUGCCGCCCAGUACUGACAACCCCAACCUGACCGCCAAACACCAACUGAACCGUGUGCAGCGCAUUAAUUCAGAACCCCGUCACCGGCCCACACCCAGGAAGGUCUCUCAGCUGUAGCGUGUCAGCGGUAACCGGAAACUUGGACUACGUCGCAUUUUUUGUAAAAUAACUGUAGGUUAUGCAUCAUAAUUGGAAAUGUUUUUUCCAAGGAGGUGCAUUUUUGUGGAGGAUAAGGAGUGGCAUAUAAAUAAAUCUUUUUAAAA